AUGCCUAAUCAGAGAACUAUAAUCAAGCCUCCAAAAAGUUUGGAAGAAGAGAUCGUCAGAGAGAAAGCAAAACGAAUCUUACAGAAUAGAUAUGAGUUUAGUGAGGAUCAAGUGAAUACCUUAUUCUCUACCCAGGAAAACGAACAAUGUGAAAAUGUAAGAGCCGAAGCUUAUGCCUUAGCCCUAUCAGCAAAAAAUGCUAAUGCUGGUUUAUCACGUCUUUCCUGUCUCAGAAGAGAAUUAAGAAAUCUUGGUGCUUUACCUGCAAUAGUCGAGGCCACGAAAUUUCCAGAUAUUACAGAAGAGGCUAACAAAAUCCAGAGGGAUAAUCAGAAAAAAGCUGAAGCUAAUUGUAUUGACUAUCUGGAUCAUUUUACAUUAGAAUCAGUCAAAGAGAGGUUGGAUAGUUAUGAUACAUCUACUUUACCCGACUUACAGGCUCUCGCAGAUAUUAUGAUAAUGCUUUGUAUCUGCCCUGCUGAACUUACAACUUUACGUAUUACAGAUACUGGAGUAACAGGUUAUACAAAGAACAGGGGACAACCAGAUAUCCCCAGAAAAUUUAGAUCUAUGGAUAAGGAUCGAGAAAGAGCCCGAGAUUUACUUACUUGGAUACAGAAUGUUAUAUAUUCUGGUCGAAUAGAUAAUCCAGAUAAUCCAGGUAAGCCAGGGGUUAAAUGGUUCAAUAGAUUCUUAAAAAAUUAUGAUUUAAUUCCUAAAUAUUUGCGUAAAAUGGGGGCCGUUUAUGCUGUAGUGAUGCAUAGAGCGCAAAAUUUAGCUCAUGCUAUGACAAUCGCUGGAGAAGCCUUACGCCACAAUCCUGACAAUAACACCUCACCAGCACAAAAUUACGUUAUAGUAAAUUAUCGAAAGAAAGGACAAACUCCAGAGCAAGCAAGACCAUUUCACCUUUAUAAUGAUGAUAACUAA